AUGGCCUUCUCUGCCCACGCACAGAGAUUGGGAGGUUAUGCAAGACACAGUGAGAAAUCUGAUUUCUCUCGAGCACCAGAAAGCAAAAUCAACAAAAUCUUUGCCAAUUUUAAAAUUGAGAUUAAAAAGCUUGUUUCACUUGCUUCUCUUAAUGCAUUAAGGCACCAAUGUAUGAGCAAACAGAGUGAAAACAAAGGUGAUUAUGCAGCCAAAAAGGGCAUAGAACGAGAGGACACAGAACGAGAGGACACAGAACGAGAGGGGACAAAACGAGAGGACACAGAACAAGAGGGAACAGAACGAGAGGGAACAGAACGAGAGGGAACAGAACGAGAGGGAACAGAACGAGAGGGUACAGAACGAGAGGGAACAGAACGAGAGGGGACAGAACGAGAGGGGACAGAACGAGAGGGGACAGAACGAGAGGGAACAGAACGAGAGGGGACAGAACGAGAGGGAACAGAACGAGAGGGGACAGAACGAGAGGGAACAGAACGAGAGGGGACAGAACGAGAGGGAACAGAACGAGAGGGAACAGAACGAGAGGGAACAGAACGAGAGGGGACAGAACGAGAGGGGACAGAACGAGAGGGAACAGAACGAGAGGGGACAGAACGAGAGGGAACAAAACGAGAGGGGACAGAACGAGAGGACACAGAACGAGAGGGAACAGAACGAGAGGGAACAGAACGAGAGGGCACAGAACGAGAGGGAACAGAACGAGAGGGCACAGAACGAGAGGGAACAGAACGAGAGGGAACAGAACGAGAGGGCACAGAACGAGAGGGAACAGAACGAGAGGGCACAGAACGAGAGGGAACAGAACGAGAGGGAACAGAACGAGAGGACACAGAACGAGAGGGAACAGAACGAGAGGGCACAGAACGAGAGGGAACAGAACGAGAGGGAACAGAACGAGAGGGAACAGAACGAGAGGGAACAGAACGAGAGGGAACAGAACGAGAGGGAACAGAACGAGAGGACACAGAACGAGAGGGAACAGAACGAGAGGGAACAGAACGAGAGGACACAGAACGAGAGGGAACAGAACGAGAGGGCACAGAACGAGAGGGAACAGAACGAGAGGGAACAGAACGAGAGGGCACAGAACGAGAGGACACAGAACGAGAGGGGACAGAACGAGAGGGCACAGAACGAGAGGGAACAGAACGAGAGGGCACAGAACGAGAGGGCACAGAACGAGAGGGCACAGAACGAAAGGACACAGAACGAGAGGACACAAGUCGAGAUUGGAAACGAGAGGAGGUGUCACCCUCGACCAAGGACAGUGAAGUGACGGCAGCUCUUGACAGAAUGGAGCAGCGACCGGCAGGGAAGAACCUGUCACCUCGACACUUCAGGAGGGAAACAAGGUUUCCAAGAUGCCGUCUUCGCGACGGUGGCGACAAGCCAACCCGUCCUCUUACCGCCGGCGUGGGAGAGCGUUCGGAAUUACUCAGUUCCUGA